UGAGAAAUCGGCACUUUACUAUCGACUGUUAACCAGCUGGGAGUAAAAACCGAACAAACAGGGCAACAUGUUUUUAGAAACAGAGUGCGGAAUUUGCUACCGAACUUACAACGCAGGUUUGCGGUGUCCCCGUCAGCUGAGCUGCAAACACACGUUUUGUGAACGAUGCUUGGCGACGCUCGCGCAGUCAAACGAGAUCCCCGAUCCGCGGAUACAGUGUCCGCUGUGCCGAACCAUCACGUCGCUGUCAGACGCUACGAUCAAAGACAAGCUGCCGGUAAACGAGGACAUUUUGGAACGGUUGGUAAAGGCUGCCAGUUUGGAGGGAUUGGCGGACGACGACGAAGAGUUUGAGGAGCCGAAUCAGGACGCAACCUGCCCGCGUAAAGAAGAAAGUUCGCCCCCGAGAACUCCAAGAGGGCGUCUGAUGAGAUCCAUCCGGCGCCUCUGUAAAAAAAUCAUAGGGGACGAUCGCACAAACUGUAUGACGGAUGAGGAUUUAAGGGACCUGGCAAUGAUGUCCUGUUAUAUGACGUAAUCAAGACCAAGGUUUUAAAUCAUUGAAUGUCAAAGACUAUUGUGAAGCGAUAAUAUUAUUUGGAAGAAUCAGUGUGGGACCGUUUGAAUGAAAGAUCAUUGUGGUGCUGGAGACGUGCUGUUUGUUUUUGGGCGGGACACGUCGCCUUGGCAACAAAACUCUGAGAUCACUACAGCUCAACCCACGAACAAACAACAACAUAGAAACGAUGCGAACAUCUUUAAACGUUUCUUCAGCACCUUAAAACUGAGCUCUUUUUUAAUGACAUGAACAACACUGCCUAUUUAUUCUUCAUUCAGGAUUUUGUCA